AGUUCUUUGCUGAGAUUCUGGCCUCGUGUUUAGCUGGGGAUUUGUCCGCCUGAAAGCGGGGGGUUGCGGAAGGGUAGAGAGCUUACAGGGGGGUUUACCUGCACGUACCGUGCAUUUGAGUGCCUUGAUGCAAGGAGGGCACGUUCCUUGAGCUAGAGAAGUGCCGCAAGCUCUUAAGGUUGCGUUCGUUGUGCUUGAGAACGAGCCUUAGCUUGGAACUGCAGGUCCCAGGAUCUGCCGAUGCCAAAACCUUAUCCUUAGGCCUUUUGGAAAGUGCCAUGAACUUUUUAACAGUUUUCUAAACAAACAUAUAUGUAUUGUUUUACUUCUUCCAUCCAUAUUUAGAGUGUGCUGUUUUUCUCAUUGCUGUAUUUUUGAGGCAUGACAAUGCUUGUUUGAGUAAGCACUACUAACUGCAGCAGCUCCUGAUGUUGGUUGUCUUCUGCGUGCUCGCUAAACUUACUCGAUUUUGUUUGUUUUCGUUUUGUUUCGUUUUUAAGAGAUUGCAACACAGUUUGUGGAUGAUCCAGUUUCCACUUCUGUAAUCUAACACUUUCCAAGAAAUGCAAUAGUGUCAUGUCUGUGCGUUGAGUAAUGGUGUACAUUCUUAAAACACUUAGGUGGGGUGAGUAGCUGUUUGGAAUCGGACAUCUGAAAGUCUGUAAAUCAAACAUGCACAGGUGCAUAUAGUAUCUGUUUGACAGGAUGAUUGUUAAAAAUCAUCAAGCGUUCUUUUUUUUCCUGAUAAUCCACAGUAGUUUAAAUAGGUGAGACAAAUGACAUUCAGUAAACUACAGGACCUGAUAAGUGCUUUGACACAGGUACAAACAAUAAUUGGAAUUAUAAGGAAUCUGACAUUACAAAGUUUGGAGCUUUUUAGUAAAAUGUAUUUUGGAGUGAUGACGUUGGAUGUGCAUAAUUCAUACAACUACAGUAGAUGAUAAGGUUCCACGUUAAUUCCAGCCAUGUGAAUCUUGUUCCAUUGAUGUAAAUGCAAAGUUGCCACUGAGCAGGUGAGUGAGCAUUGAUAAGAAUCAGGCCUAUGCAAUCUCACAGUGAAAGUAUUGUAAAUAGUCUUGUACGUUUUGAGUAGGCUGGGGUGUGAACCAGACAGUUUAGCUUUAAGUUGCAAGUAUGUGUUUAUUGGUGUCUUUAUGUAAUUUGGAGUUUCAUUUGUAAUUUUCCUUUCUCUCUUCUCCCCUCCCCCCAAUCCAGAAAAUCGUGAGGAUAUGCUGAAUUCAAAAAGCAACAAACUGACAGAAGCUUUGGAAGAAGCCAAUAAGCUGUUCAGUGGAGUUUCCUGUGCGCGAGAGGCUGCACUGGAUGCCCAAUUUCUUGUCUUAGCAUCAAAUCUAGGAAAGGAGAAAGCCAAUGAGUUGCACUCUGAAAUGACAGCGUUUGAUUCACCAGCAUUUGCAGAAGACCUACUAACAUUCAUGGGUCUAAAUCGCAUAGAAGUAGAAGAAAAGGAUAGUGAUAAUGAGGGCAUUUCUGGUGGCUAUUUACCUAGUAAUGCCUGGCAUAAACUGGGAGCAGAAACAGAGAAGUACUUCAGAAGAGCACCUUCUUUUCACUACAUGUUGGGAUCCUUCAAGUCUGAUCCUCCAGUACCAAGGCAACGGAUUGAGAGGCAGAAAAAGACUACAGGAAGAGAAGAAAAAAGGGCAAUGCCUGCUCAGUUAAAAAAGAUGGAGGAGUCUCAUCAGGAAGCUACAGAAAAAGAAGUAGAGAGGAUCUUGGGAUUAUUGCAGACUCAUUUUAAAAAUGAUCCUGAUAUACCUAUUUCCUUCUUUGAUCUUGUGAUUGAUCCAAACUCCUUUGCACGCACUGUGGAAAACAUUUUUCACGUGUCCUUCAUUAUAAGGGAUGGUUUUGCACGAUUAAAACUGGAUGAGGAUAAAUUGCCAAUAAUAGUUUUGUUCCUGAAGGAAAAUGACUUUAAGAGCUUUGCAACUAUAAAGAUUAUGAAAAUAUAAUAUUUUGAACAGAGCCUGC